AUGCAGCGAACUCACUCCGGAUUCCCUCAGGAUUCUCUGCGCAUUGUACCCGCUCGCGACGAUAAACCCGCAACGACCCAGGACACGAGCAACAGCUUUGGUCUGCACGACACGCUCCAGUAUGGCCCUCGGAGUCUUGCGACUGAGGUUCGGAAGAAUGGUGCUGUGAAGGAUCGUCUUGAGAACUGGGAGGCAACGCAGGACAACCUGAAGCUCCAGAUGCAAAGGCAGCUCUUCGGCCUGCACAUGCCCAUGCGCAUCCUGAUGGAGCGCAAGCUCGUGAGCCAGAACUCACACAUGCCCGCGCUCUCGCAAUCCAACCUCCACCUUGACAUUCUCAUGGGACGCGAUGAGAUGCUCGAGUGCCCAGACUUCAUGAUGCCUGCGGCCGAGCUCAGGCAGCCCAGCGAUAUCCACGCAGACAUGGAGAAGAAGCUGCGCAUGUAA